UCCAAUCGUGGCAUUUCCGAGGAUCAUAGUCCACUAAAACGUGGCGGGGUUCAAAAGACGACUUUUGCACAAACACGUGAGAUGACUGCAAGGAAACUCUGACAGGAAAUAUGUCCUGCUAUCGCAGUAAGGAGUUAAUGGAUGUUGCAUUUGUGCCUCCCUUGGGUUUCCACCGGCUCUCCAAGGAGGACAGUGCGCGCUAUGACGCGCUGCAGUUCGGGCUGCCGUUCGAGCUGAGCUCCGCGUACCUGGAGCCCGUCCACGUCCACGGACACGCGUUCCCCUGCAGACGGCUGUCCUGCUUCCCCUUCCACGCUCCCCACGCCGUCUUCGACUACGCCUUCGAGCCUGCGUUCAUCCAGAAGAGGAACGAGCGGGAGCGGCACCGGGUGCGCUGCGUAAACGAGGGCUACGCGCGUCUCCGCGAGCACCUGCCACAGGAGUUUGAGGACAAGCGGCUCAGCAAGGUGGAGACGCUGCGAGCCGCCAUUGACUAUAUCAAGCACCUGCAGAGCCUGCUGGACCUGGACCACUCAUCCGGGAGGAAGCUGUCGCUGGGAGACGCGCACAGGAGGAUGAUGGAGAGCAGUGAUGGAGAAUCCCCAACCAGCUGCAUGUCCAUCACAUGUGCAGAUCAUUGAUGCAAACCGAUUACAAGACAAUUGAAGGCAACUUACUUUUUUUAUUGUAAGAAUGAAUUUAAAAAGAAAACUC